AUGGAGAGCAAGUUGAAGCCUCUACUACUACAGAUGGAAUACUUAUGCCAAGCCAACAGAGAUGAUGCUGUGGAGUUCAUUGGGGAAAUGAUUGCAUCGCACUCUUGGUAUAGAGCCAUUCGCAUUAACGAACGUCGGAUUGGAUCAAUGCCCGAUCAAUGCCUGGAACUGGGAAAGAUGAACGGCGGUGGGGAGGAAAUUGAGUAUGCUUGGCGCCGGUAA